AUGGCAGGUCUCUUCUCCCGCCUCAAAAGCGGCAAGGAGGGCACAAAGUCCAAGAAGAAGAAUGCUACCAGCCAGCAGCCCGCGUCGACGCCCGCCAAGCCGCAAUGGGACGAUGCAUGGACGCGCAGCAGCGUGGAGCCCGAGGAGAUUCACGAACUGAUCCGUUUCUGCACCGAGGAGCUCAAAUCUCGAGCACUCGAUCUUCCUUUCCUCCUGCUGCCCUUCCGACCGACCUCCGAUCCGAGCGCUGUGCGCAACUUUAUCCGCCACUUCUUUGGCCAGAAGCAGGCUGUGCGGGGCGAGAUUCUGGCCCAGGAGAUUCGCAUGACCAGUCCCAUGGUCCUCUCUGGCGUCGUGAAAUGGUGCUGGGGCCGCCUUCAGGGCGGUGUUGUCGGAUGGGACGCCUAUGAGCUAUUCAAGGUCGGAGAAUACGACUCCAACAUGGCCCGAGACUCCUUCAAGACUUUCAUCCCCAUUAGCGUCGAGAACGGUGCCCGCCAGCGCAUUAUCUUUGACUUCUUCGACCUGCUGGCCGCUGUUGCCGCCCACGGAAAGUCCAACGGUCUCGGUGGUCGCAAGCUCUCGCGCAUGGCUGCCUGGUGGGCCUUUGAGCAGAGGGACACCGGCAACGGCUUCGAGGGCGGCUACAAUGCCUGGCUCAAUGCCGCCGAUGCUACCAGCCACCUCUUCUUUGCCUACUUGAGGUCCGUGGCCCCCGAGCAGAACCUCACCGGUAUCUCCAUGCUCCCCAUGUCGCUCCAGAAGCUCCUGCAGGAGACCGAAUACCCGCCCCAAAAGCCCGAUCUCAUGAUGUCGCGGACCAACAAGGUCGUCAUGAUUGUCGAGACAGUCUCGCCGACGCCGUUUGCCCUGCUCCGGAGAGCCAAUCACUUCCAAUACCGCGACUCCGACAAGGCCCUGCAGGAGUUUGCCGCCUACGAGGACCCGGUCCAGUCGUUGUCCGAAGAGUGCAAGCGAGUUCUCAAGGCCGUCUCGGCCGCGAACCAGUCGCAGGUGUCGAGCAUAAAGCACUCGACCAGCUUGCGCGACGCCUCGUGGUCCCGCUUCGAGGACAUCGGCUUCUCCAGCACUCUCGAUGACGACGAUGCGGACGGCAACAACGGUGCUCUAAGCGCCGCCAGGAAGCAGCAGCAGCCAGGAGGGCUCCGGACGAGUCCCUCCUCCGGAAACGGCCUCGGCCGCCCGACCACCCCCUCCUGGGCCGAUUUCCUGUCCUCCGGCUUCGUCGAUGACAACAACCAGGCGAGAUCCAACCUUCUCCUCCCCCCCGACAAGUUCCUGCCGCCCAUCCAGGUGCCUGACAGGCAGCGCAGCUCGCAGUCGCACAACCCACGUCUCGAGACAAACCAGGAGCUAGACCCGGGAGAGCUAGCCAGCAUCACCUUCCUCGAUCUGGACGACGCCUUCUGGUGGGUGUGGAUGAGCAGCCUGGCGCCUGAGGAGACGCAGGACCGCAAGGCAGCAUUCGGACGCUGCGCCGUCGUCGAGACUAAUAUCCGGGGCGGCCGGUGGCUUGUCCUCGAGGAGAUGGUUGCAGGCGCAGCACCCGAGCCGCAGGAGGGCGCUUAUAUUGCCGAGAAGAAGGGUUUCUUCAACUGGACACGCCGCGGCAAGACGCUCAAGCGCCGCAAGUCGACGGGCAAGCAGCUCAACGAGCGGGCCGCGGCUGACAAGUCGACGACCAGCUUCGCCACGAGCGCCAGCAGGACCAACAUCGGCCCAGACACGCACGCCAAGAUCCAGGCCAAGGCCGCCCAGCUGCGUGCCGCCAGCGAACAGGAGAAGAGGCAGGAGGAGGCCCUCGCCGAGGCCCAGCGCCGCGGGCGCGAGGGUGACACGACCGACAAGACGAUGAGCGUCCUCACCAUGCAGACAAACAUUGUCCCCGACGCGUCGCCGGCCAUGAGAUGGGUCAGCAAGUACGACAGGGGUUCUAUCAAGGACGCCUACCUGGCCAACAGCAAUGCCGGCCGUGGCAUGGCCCUGUCCCCCGUUCCCACCGAGGACAGGCCGGCUCCCUCGACCAACGGUCCUCCCACGAUCAAGGAGGACGAGCCCAAGACGGCGCCCGCCGUGCCCGCCAAGUCGCCGGAGCCUAAGCCUGAGACGGAGACGGAGGAGGAACCUGUUCCCGGGAGCGAGGCUGCUCCUCCACCCGGAGACGAGAGCCCUGCUCCCGCCCCUGCCCCGGCCGACGAUACCGCCGACUCCAUUGCCCCCGCCCCGACGCCGUCGAGUAUCGCCCACGAUGACGAGGAAAAGCCGAACAAGAAGAUGCCCAAGUCCAAGUCCGGCGGCUUCCGCAAGCUCUUCUCGCGCAAGAACCGCAGCUCCAAGGUUCCCGACAACGCGGCCGCAGACAUCAACGCCAUGCUCCGCAAGGACUCCCAGAGCACUGAGACCUCUGCGGCCGCCACGCCCGAUGCCGCCACUCCCACGCGGGAGGUGGCCACUCCGGCCAACGACAGCGACCGAGACAACGGCACAACCGGUCCCGACACGCCCAAGGCCGCGGUUUCCGGUCCCACGCCGCCCGCCGAGGACACGGCCUCGGUGAGCGACCUCUCUGCCGUAGACGCCAGGGACGCGGCCGAGGCGAAGCGCGAAUUCGCCCGCUUCGACCAGGGUCCCCUCGACGACCAACCAGCCUUUUCCCCCCGCGACAACGAUGACGAUGACGAUGACGACGGCGACGCCACCCCUCCGCCCAUCGCGCGCCGUCCGGUCCAGCGCGGCACCCCCUCGCUCACCAGCUCGCAUGAGAUCCCGCGCGAGGAGCGCCUCAGCCACACCGCUGGUCCGGGGGUUCAGGAUCGAUGGGCACAGAUCCGCAAGAACGCCGCUAAUCGGUCGGCCACGUACCAGCGUCCCGAGGACGAGCAGGUCCCGGCUAGGAGCUUCCACAGCCGUUCACACCAGGGUGGUGGGGAGGAUGACGAUACCAGUGGUGAAGAGACAAUCGAGUCCCGCGUCGCCCGUAUCAAGGCUCGCGUGGCCGAACUGACAGGCUCGAUGGAGGGUGUCAACGGUCCUCAAUCCACUACGCCCAGCGCCCACAGUUCCCAGGGGAUCUCUCCUUCCCGGGCGUAA